GCUCUCGUCCCCUCCCUUGAACACGGUGGCGGAGCUCCGGCGAGCCCUGCCUCCCUUGCGAGGUGGCCAUGGGAUUGGUUUAGGGAAUGGGCAUCCGCGUAGUAUCCUCUUCCUCUCCUUGUUCCGGCAAGAGGACAAGGAAGACCCCAAGGCCGUAGCACUCCGCAGUCAAAGUGUUCGGCAACGCGGAGCAACCCCUACGCUCCGGGGAGGUCGGGGCCGUGGCCGCUUUGCAAGGCGCGGCAUUUUUUUUGCGGAGGAGGACGCGCGGAGCCGCGGAUGGAGACGGCGAGGCAGCGAACCUGGCCUCGGAUGCGCCGCGCCGUUGCCUUGCCUUCCACUGUUUCAGGUCUACCCGCUAACUUCAACUAAGCUCCCACAAAUCAGAUGUUCCCGUUUCUGUUGCAGUGCGGUGCACCGUUAUCUUACUCAUUUGACGGGAUUGUAGAGCAAAUGUUGCCUUCCUUGUGUAUAGAUUUCUGACGGUUCAGUCAGAACACCUCAAUUUAUAAAAAAUAGGUUUGUAUUCAUUCCAUCUUCCCAUUUAUCUGAUAAACCUUGACAUAGCUAGCACCUCCCAAUGGGUACAACAAUCGUACUGCAUGAUAAUUUUACUAAAUUCAUUAUGGAUGAAGCACAAUAAUAAUAAGGAAACGAUGUGGUCAGAUUAGGAUUGGGGACUUUCGGUUCAAAAAAAAAAAGGAUUGGGGACUUGACAACGUUUCAGUAUUUAAUCAAGGAGUCAUCCGCACACGGCACCCUGCUGAUAUCAUUUGAUUACUGCUGACUUGUGACUUCAAACCCUGCCGGCUGGCUGUGUUUUUUAGAUUCCAAUAAUUGUGAAGUGAACGUCACAUAGCAAUGCUUGUAGAUCAAUAAGCAUAUUCAGUCAACUGGAAGCAUUAAAUCUUUUCAGUUACAUUUUAUCUGUACCAAUCUACUCUAGAAGUGUUAAACGGAUGGAAACUUGGGCUCUGGUAAGACGGAGUUACGUUUCUCAAGUAGUGCUUAUUCUGUUCAGGCCUUCAGGUAGGAUGUUUAGGCAUUUGUUUUUUUUUCCAUAGUACAGUGUUGGGAUUCAAUCAAAUUUGUUCAUUUUCUGUUUUCCUCUAUGCUCAUGCCUAUUUUUUUAAAAAAAGAGUUCAUGCCUAAUUCUAUCAGUCUUGCCAGAUGUUCUCAGUGUUGUGGAGUUGAACUGGUGUUCGCCAGCCUCUCUAAACCACAUGUCUAUGAGCAGUGACACUAUGAUUAUUGUGCAUGGAUGGAGGCCAGGGAUGUCUUCCUCUUUUCAUUUUGCUGAUCCUGAUCUUUGAGUUAGGAGUGAAGAUCUAGUAUCAGCUAUAGCAAGUUUUCCUCUUUCUUCUUUCUGGAGCAGUUGAGUUGUCUUUUCUCCUAGGUGAUAGCAUUCAAAGUUAUUGAACUGUCAUGAACUUCAACCAUGAAAAUUUUCUUGUGCCAGCUUUCUUAUAGUAGUUGGGCCUCAUCCCAAAAAAGAAUCUUAUCUUGAUAACACUAGGCCUCAUCUCAAAAUGCAUCUGCAAGUUAAUGGUUCAUUACUAAUUUUAAUAUGACCAUAGGAUAAAGCUGGCAGUGGACCAUUCUUCUUGCUAAUGUGGGCAGGUGUCUUCACUGGAUAGUGUUUCACUUAUAAACCCCCAAAGAGGCAGCACUUCCAACUUGACGAGCAUCAUGCGCCUUUCACUACUUCCAUUGUUGCUCCUUUUGCAAGUGUUCACCAAAACCACAGCAGCAAGCACGUGUAUUAGAAAGGAAAGAGAUGCCCUAUUCGAUUUGAAGGCCACCCUUAAAGACCCUCAGGGCCUACUGUCAUCAUGGGCGGGUCCAAAUUGUUGCAGUUGGUAUGGUGUGACAUGCCACAACAGCACUGGGCACAUUAUUAAGCUUGACCUCGGCAGCAAUAACUUCAGCAAGGAUUAUGUUCUUACAGGUGACAUCAGCCCAUCGUUGACACAUUUCACUCAUCUGGAGUACCUUGAUCUUAGUAGAAAUGAUUUUGGUGGUGCAAAUAUCCCUAAGUUCAUAGGAUCAUUGAAGAACCUGAGGCAUCUUGACUUGCAUGGUGCUGGCUUUGGUAGGAAAAUUCCCCCUCAACUUGGAAACUUGUCGAAGCUGAAUUACCUUGAUAUUAGCUUUCCAAGUGACACCUUUAGUUCCAGUAGCUCUGUUGACGAUCUCUGUUGGCUCUCUGGGCUUUCAUCAUUGGUUUACCUUGACAUGUCAUGGUGGAAUCUUUCUGCUGCUUCGGACUGGCUGGAGUUACUGAACAUGCUUGCUUCCCUUCAGGAGGUUCAUUUAUGUUUUACAAAUCUUCAGCGUACCAACCUGAAUUCUCUAUCCCAGUCCAACUUCACGGUCCUAGAUAGAAUUGAUUUGUCAAGCAACAACUUCAAUUCUACCUUUCCGUAUUGGUUAACCAGUAUACAAUCUGUCUCAGAGAUCAACUUGGCCUAUUGUGGACUUCAUGGGCCGAUUCCUAAAUCUGUGGAAAAUCUGACUCAUCUGGAGUACCUUGAUCUUAGUAAGAAUGAUUUUGGUGGUGCAAAUAUACCUGAAUUCAUAGGAUCUUUGAAGAGCCUGAGGCAUCUUGACUUGUCCAAUGCUGGCUUUGGCAAAAGAAUUCCCCCUCACCUUGGAAACUUGACCAAGCUGAAUUACCUUGAUAUUAGCUAUCCUAAUGACAGCUAUACUUCCAGCAGCUCUGUUAACAGUCUUCUUGGCUCUCUCAGCUUUCAUCACUGGCUUACCUUGACAUGUCAUGGUGGAACCUUUCUGCUGCUUCAGACUGGCUGGCAUCAUUAAAUGCUUUCUUCCCUUCAGGAGCUUAAGUUGACUAGUACUGAUCUUCCAUCCACAGACCUGAAUUCUCUAUCUCAAUCCAACUUCACAGUUCUCAGUAAAAUUGAUUUGUCGGGCAACAACCUCAAUUCUACCUUUCCAUAUUGGUUGACCAAGAUACAGACUGUGACCGACAUUGACUUGGCCUUCUGUGGGCUGUAUGGGUCGAUUCCUGAAGCCUUGGGAAAUUUAACUGGCCUCACAUACCUUAUUUUGUCCACAAACAGUUUGUAAGGAACAAUUCCAAUAUCAAUAGGUAGAUUAUGCAAACUUGAGUACCUAGAUUUGUCCAAAAACAUUCUUGCUGGUGAUAUUGUCAACUUUGGGAAGGCCAUGGCUACCUGCAUGAAGCAACUAUCUAUAGUAAACUUGGGGAGUAAUAAUUUAACUGGUAGUAUACCUGGAUGGCUUGGGUCCUCCAGAAGACUCUUUUCAGUUGACCUCAGCAAUAACUCAUAAUCGGGUCAUGUACCAUUCAAUAUCAAUCAGCUCACAAACUUACAUCACCUAGACAUUUCUUCUAAUUUUCUUCAAGGUGUCUUGUCUGAAGAACACCUAGCCAAUCUAUCCAUGCUAUCUACUCUUGCUAUGUCCUCUAACUCCUUGAGGAUUUCUGUGGGUGCAAACUGGGUGCCACCUUUUCAACUUAUUGAACUCCAACUACAUUCUUGUCCUCUAGAAUCGCAGUUCCCGCAGUGGAUUCACACUCAGACCAGCAUUGCGAUAAUAAAUUUGAGCAACACAGGAACUAUGGGCCCUUUGCCUGAAUGGGUUUGGACUUCAUUGAUGUCUCUCACUAGUUUGGAUCUUUCCAACAACCAGCUCACAGGCAAGCUGCCAGCAUCUCUGGAGCAUAUGAAGUCACUGCAUUUCUUGGAGCUAAGUUCUAACCAACUAGAAGGUCAGAUUCCUGAUAUGCCAAGAAGUCUUGAAGUCCUUGAUCUCUCCAACAAUUCUUUCUCUGGAUCAUUGCCCAACAGUUUAGGAGGCAAUGACCUGCGCUUUAUUUUCUUGUCAAACAAUCAUCUAAAUGGGAGCAUACCUGGGUACUUAUGUGACAUGGAAUGGUUGUCGACAGUAGACCUGUCAAGUAACAACUUAUCAGGUGAAAUUCCUAAUCAGUGGAAGCAGAGCACAACACUAUUUGCCCUGGACUUCUCAAGCAACAACCUUGAGGGAGAAAUACCAUCAAGCAUUGGGUCUCUUACUUCAAUUUUUUCUUUGCAUUUAAGCAGGAACAAACUAUCUGGAGUCUUACCUGCCUCUCUAAGCUCAUGCAACCUUUUGUUUAUACUUGAUCUUGGAGAGAACCACUUUGAGGGUUCCAUACCUUCAUGGAUAGGAGAUACUCUGCAAUUUCUCAUAAUACUUAGGCUGCGUCAAAUCAGUUCUCAGGAAAUAUUCCUGCUGGAUUGUCACAACUACUGGGCCUUCAAGUGUUGGAUCUUGCUAGCAACAAGCUUUCAGGACCCGUGCCCCGAAGUAUUGGAAACUUCACCUUAAUGGCUUCACAACAAUCAAGACCUAUUUCGCCAACGAUGGCUUUUGAUGGUUUUGGUGGCAGUAUUGCCUAUUACGAGAGUCUAUACAUUACAAUCAAAGGAGAAGAAAGAUCGUACACCAGGAUCCUUAAUCUGAUGAAGAGCAUUGACCUUUCUGAUAAUGAUCUAACAGGAGAAAUUCCCAUCGAAAUUGGAGCUCUUGUGGAGCUCAAGAACCUGAAUCUCUCGAGAAAUUUCCUCCACGGCCAUAUUCCAGAAACAGUUGGCAGUAUGCGUUCACUGGAGUCCCUUGAUCUCUCAUGGAACCAGCUUUCUGGUGUGAUUCCUCAGAGCAUGGCACCAUUACAUUUACUAAGGCAUCUCAACAUGUCUUACAACAAUCUUUCCGGGAAUAUACCACCGGGUUCUCAGCUUCAAACUCUCAGCGAUGAAGAUCCGUACAUAUAUGUAGGCAACAGCGACCUCUGUAGCCCUCUUGUUCCUGAGAGCUGUGCUGGGAACAAGGAGAAACAAGCUGGUCAUGAAGAACACACAGAUGUCCACGAUGUCUUAUUGUUUGUAUUUUCAGGACUCGGCUUCGGAAUUGGAUUGGCAGCUGUAUGGUGGGUACUUAUAUUCAACAAGGCAGUGAGCAUUGGCUACUUCCAGUUCGUCGACUCCAUAUGUGAAAAAAUCUGUGAUUGGAUGAUCCUAUUGAAGAUAAAGGUGAACAUGAAAUUGAUGGGAACCAGAGCCCAGAAUCAAGGUGAUUGAACUUGCUUGAAAUACUGGCAAGAAGUGGACUGAUGCAGUAAUGCUUGCUUCUCAUAUGCAGAGCCUAUGCAUCCAUGUUGGUUAAGCAAGAACGUGCUAUGCAUGAUCAAGAUGGAAGCUGAUAGUGUCCAUGUACGAUGUGUAGUUUUCUUCAGUCUCGAAUUAUUUUUGCGUGGAGUGUUGGAUCUUUGUAUCGCUUGUAUGCAAAAGAACUAAGUAGCGCAAAGUAUGAACUAUCUUAAAAAAGAUAUGAUGAUGAUACAUUGAUAGCAAUAGCAGUAUUUGUGAUUUGCAGUUGCGCUGCGGUUAGCAGUGGCAUUUUGUUGUAAAGGUUUAAACAAGAAAUUCUGGAAGCCUUGAGCAGUUAUAUUUAUGGAAGAAGAAACGGGGACUACUGACUACUUGUGUGUGCCCUGCUUGUAUGGCACAUCAUCGCAGAGGAAUCAUCGAUCGGUGGGGGAGAGGAUUGCGUCGAUGUGCAGCCAGUAGCCAGCAGCACACACACCUGAAUCUUUACCAAUGGCUUCGUUCCGGCGCCAACCACAGCAGCGCAAGCGACCACUGCACGAACACGAAGGGCAAAACCGCCACGAAGAUCAUGGAGAAGACGACAAUAAUCUGGGACUAGCUCCGCGUUCCUUCUUCCUCGUCACGGCGACAGGGCGGCGGCGUCGGCGGCCUCCGGACCGCUAGUCUCUAGACGCGCCGCCGCCGGCACGAGUACGAUGGCAGGUCUCCGCGGCGAGGAACGCAACCUCUGCGCCGGCGAGGGAAACGGCAGGUGCCAUUAUCAGCAAUAGCGAGGUCUUCAGGGACGACAAGCGGACAUCGCCGGCGGCGUCGGCGGUCGGGCGGGUGCCGGAGAAGGCCUGGAUAAUGGAGGACUGAUCAGCAGGAGUUAGGUCCAAAUAGGGACUCCGACUCAAAUGUAAAUAAUCGGAUUGUGAUUAAUAAUCGCGAUCCGAAUUAGCGGCUAAAAUGUAAAAAUUAGGGAUUUUGAUGGUCCAAAUAGGGACUGAUCAGCAAGCACUUGGCAUUUCCA